GCCAUGAAUGUUUUGGUUGCGGUUAUAGCAUUGGCAGCAAUGUUCUUGCAUAGAACAGAAGCUGAUGAAAUCGAGCACACAUUGGUUUGGGCUAUUCCUUCUGGCGGAGCCGGCGAGUAUGCAACCUGGGCGGCGGAGCAUCCCUUUGUACUUGAUGGCCAGACUUACGAUAGUAUAACAUUUGAAUUUGCAACAGGAGAACAAGACCUGGCUGCAGUGACAAAGGAGGAUUUUGACAGUUGUACCACCACAAACCCGAUAUGGAAAAAUUCAUAUGCAAUAAACUAUGCGCCUGGUUAUGCCAGCACAUACUAUUUCACCAGCACAUUCGCCGGCCAUUGCACCAAAGGGCAAAAGAUUGCCCUUACCUGGACUUCGGGGGCGGCACCUUCUCCGUGUCCAAGUUCAUCAGCAACCACUCACUCCGCUCUGCCACUUAAAUUUUUCUCCAAAAGAGUUAACAAGCAUGACAACAACUGAUCGACCUUGGGGGUUCCGUCUGAUAAGUUGAUUUCAAAGUAUAAAGAUCUGUUGCAAUUUAUUUCUUUUCUUUUUUUUCCUGCCAAAAAGAGUUGUAAUAAGCACAAUACGAACAUUGUACCAUGUAUGU